AUGUUGAAGAAACUAUGUGCACUUCUGAUACUUUUGAAAUGGUCCUCAAUCUAUUCCGACAACCGCCUCGAACCGGUCAUAGCGAAUAUUACCGGAAGAGAUUAUUGCACAUUUCCCGUCGUCGAGACGGGCGUCUACGCGAUGAGCACAUCCGAUCGAUUUCCUGUCGAGUGCGGCUCAAUCGCCAAUUUUCAGCUGUUCAUGGUCGGCUGGAAUGAGAGCGAAGUCAAUCGGAUAUUGUCGAAAAUCGAGUAUUUGUAUAAUGUCGAUUUGUUCAUCGAAAACACGGACGCCGAGGUGAUCAGUUUUCCGAUGCUCAAAGAAUUGAUCAACGUGCGUUUGAUAAUUGCCUACAAUCCCUAUUUGGAAACCAUCGAUAUUCCCGAGCGUGUUCUCAUGAACGCCGAUCAGCUGGGUCAACAACUCGAGGAGUCGUCGCCGUGGCGUCCGCGAUUCUAUCCGCUGCUCGAGAUCCACGUCAAUCCGGCGUUGAACGACUCGAAUUUGGCGAUGCUCAAAAAAUAUUGCAAACUCAAAUGUCCGUCGGCGAGACGCGAAAUUAUGGAGGUGAAAUACUCGGACUAUUACCAGCAAAAAUUCAAUACUCCAAUGUGCUACUUCGAUACGCAACGAUUCGAGAGGACGACGUUCUUCAGGCCGGAAAUGAAAUUAUUGCCUUGCAUCAAUUUACUUUACGUCAAAAUCUAUGUCACGUCCAGCUGGACGAAACGAGAGGCUGAAUUAUACACGGUGGCGUUGCGCGCCUUCAGAGGGGUGACGCUGGUCGUCAUGCAAUCCAAUCUCGAAAUUUUCGAUUUGGGAUUAGUCACAUAUGCCCAAGAAUUUAAUUUAUAUCUAUUGGACAACCCAUUCCUCAAAGAGGUUCGAUUCUCCGACGAAUUGUUGAAAUCGCCAUUGCUUCGCGGGGCGACAAGUUGGUUCGGUUUUGCUCUUCGAUAUCACACGCUUCCGAUUUCAGCGAUUCAUUCGUUCAAUAAUCCGCAGUUGAGUUGGUUUACGUACACGACGAUGAAGACGUUAUGCUAUUCGGAUUGCGAAAUUGAGCCAUAUAAGGAUCCUAUAGCGAAUAAGACGAACAUUAUUGAUCCAUGUGUCGAGUAUCCGCUGUAUAAGGAAAUUCCGACGAAGAAGCUGAACGAGAGCGCCAUCGAAAAUUAA